UACACAGACAAACACACACAGAGACCCCCCACACACACACACACACACAAACUCACACAAACACCUACUCACAAACUGAGCCACACACACAAACUCACACACACACUCUCACCCUCUCACCCUUCUAAUGGUAUUGCGGGAAGAGAGACGAAGAGAGAAACCUCUAAAAGUGCUUCUGGCAGCGAGUGGCUCCGGGCAGCAGGCGUCGGGAGGCAUCACGUAGAAUCUCUCUCCCCAAACACACACACACACACACACACACACACACACACAAACACAUGCACGCUCACACACAGCGCGGGCAGGUUUUAUUACAGCGUAGAUCAGAGGGGCAGCAGGCACUCUGAGAGCCGUGUUUCCAGACACCUGUCUACGGGGACGAGCAGAGAAGAACCGGGACAACUGAGAGACCAGAGCCUUUCUGAGUGGGCCGUACACCCCUGGACGACGAGAUGAUGAAGAAGUCCAAAAUCGCUGACCAGACUGCCGCCGGGCAGGGGGGCAUUCGGAAGAAGUCCAAGGUGCCCGGGGUGAUGAUCACCCAGUUCCAGGAGGAGCUUCCUGAGGACGCCACCACCCCGGACUUCACCCGCAAGCCCAUCGCCCUGACCAUACAGGAGGGUAAACUCGCCGUGUUCAAAGCCAAAGUGAUGGGGAACCCGACCCCCAAGGUCAGCUGGGGCCGGGCCAACGGCGAGAUCGUCUACCAUCCGGAGACCUGUCAGCAGAAGUUCGACGAGGUGUCUGGCGAGCACACCCUGGAGUUUAACAAGGUGGACCCGGACGAUGCAGACACCUACAAGUGUUUCGCCACCAACGACCACGGCCGGGCAGUGUGCACCGUGUUACUGAACGUCAUAGAGGUUGGAUUCCGUAAGAAAAAGGAACAAAAAGUGGAAGAGCCCUCAGAGCUCAGAAAACAACUGAAGAAACGAAAGCCCGAUGGGACCCGCGAGGAGAAGCCCAUGGAUAACGAGGAGAAGGUCUGGGAGAUCCUGCUCAGUGCCGAUAAGAAAGACUACGAGAGCAUCUGCAUCGAGUACGGCAUCACCAACUUCCGCGGCAUGCUGACGAGGCUGAGCGAGAUGAAGAAGGAGAAGGAGGCCGAGGUGGCUCAGUUUGUGUCGCACAUCAGCACUCUGAAACACAUUGACGUCAAGGACAAUGACUGUGCCACCAUCGAGAUCGACAUGGACCUCAAAGACCCCAACAGCAAGGUCUUCCUCUACAAGGAUGGAAUCAUGGUUCCCUUCACCACGGAGCUGGGGGAAGAGCUGAAGCACAGUUUGAAACGGAUUGGAAAGAAGUACGUUUUCUCCAUAAAGAAACUGGGGUCAGAAGACGCUGGACUUUACUCGGUGGACGUCGGGGGUGUCAAUGUUUUCUCCACUGAAUUUAAAGUCCCUGACGUCAGCUUUGCGGUCAAAAUCCAAGAGGUGAAGGCCGUUGAGAGGGAGAACGCUCAGUUCCAGUGUGUUCUGACCGCUCCCAUGAACGAGAUCAAAUGGUUCGGGAAGUCCGCCCCGCUCGAAGACGGGGAGAAGUUCCAGAUCCUGGUGUCGGAGGACAAGCUAAUCCACAAGCUGAUUGUGAAGGACGUCAUGCCAUUGGACGGGGGCAUCUACGCAGCUGUGGCAGGGAUCAAGUCCUGCAACACGUUUCUGAUCGUGGAGGCCGAUAAAGAUCCCGCCGGCAAGGGGAAGAAGGGCGCCCGCAAGGACACGGUGGCGGGCGGCGGCAACGACGAGGAGCUGAUGAAGAUCGCCAAGGACCAACAGGCCAAGUACGAGAAGGAGAUGGCAGAGAAGCUGGUGGCCGCCAAGAAGGCCAAAGAGGAGUGGGAGGCCCAGCAGGUGGUGGACAAGGUCCAGGCUAAAGCCGACGCUGAGGCCAGAGCCGCCGCCGCCAAGGCCAGGGGAGGGGCUGGUGGAGCCGGUGGUGAUGGUGCUGUAGACGCUACUGGUGGUGGUGGUGCUGGAGGUGGAACUGGAGUUGGAGGUGGAGCUGGGGGUGGUGCUGGAGGUGGAACAGGAGGUGGAGCUGGAGGAGCUGGAGGUGGAGCUGGAGGAGCAGGAGGUGGAGCUGGAGGAGCAGGAGGUGGAGCUGGAGGAGCAGGAGGUGGAGCUGGAGGCGGAGCUGGGGGUGGUGCAGGAGGCGGAGCUGGGGGUGGUGAAGGAGGCGGAGCUGGGGGUGGUGCAGGAGGCGGAGCUGGGGGUGGUGCAGGAGGUGGCGCUGGGGGUGGAGCUGGAGGCGGAGCUGGAGCUGGAGGCGGAGCUGGGGGUGGAGCUGGAGGCGGAGGUGGGGGAGGAGAAGGUGGAGCUGGAGGAGCUGGAGGUGGAGCUGGAGGAGCUGGAGGUGGAGACGGUGGAGCUGGAGGAGCAGGUGGAGGUGGAGGCGACGGAAAGGGAGGCGAUGGAGGUGAUGAAGACGGCGAUGAAGAAGGGGCGGAGGGGGAAGGAGGCAAGCGUAAGAAACGUGUCAGAGACGCCCCCCUGAUCCCGGAGACAGUCGUAGAUCCAGGGGUUCACUUCCACGCUGGGCUUUCCGACGUUAAAGCUAUCGUCGGAGAACCAGCAGAAAUCGAGUGCAAAGUGAGCAGCGAAGAAUGUGAAGGAUUCUGGUACAAGGAUGGAGAAGAGAUUACGUCGAAUGAGGAUUUAACCAUCUCUAAAGACGGAAGUUUCCACAGACUGAAGAUCAGUAAGGUCACGGAGGAGACGAGCGGGACGUAUCGCUUUGAGGCCGACGGCCGCAAGACCGAAGCGGUCAUCAGUGUUGAAGAUCCGCCCAGAUUCAGCGCGGAGGACAUCGAGGCCUUCAAGGCCCCCGUCACGGUGAAGAAGGGGCAGAAGGCCACCUUCAAGGUGCCCCACUUGGGCCGCGAGCCUGUGAAGAUCCAGUGGUACUUGGACGGGGAGGAGCUGUCGGACCAGUCCAACAUCCGCAUCGACAACAGCGAGGGCGAGUGCCGCCUGAACCUCAUCAAGCUGCAGCGCAAGGACAGCGGCGAGGUCAAGAUCAAGCUGAAGAACGAGUUCGGGAGCAUCGAGGCCUACAGCGAGCUGGUGGUUCUGGACCGGCCCACACCGCCCAUGGGGCCGCUGGAGAUCGUGGAGGCCUCGUCCUCCGCCGUCGAGGUCAAGUGGAGGGCGCCCAAGGACGCCGGCGGCUGCAAGAUCGACCACUACAUCAUGGACCGCCAGCAGGUGGGCCGCAACACCUGGAAGAAGCUGGGUCCUAUCGGACCGGAGGCCCAGUACCGGGACAUCGACGUGGAGCACGGCCGCCGCUACUGCUACCGCAUCCGCGUGGAGACCGAGAUGGGCAUCAGCGAGGUCAUGGAGAGCGACGACGUCCAGGCCGGCACUAAAGCAUACCCUGGGCCCCCCUCGGCACCCAAGGUGGUCAGUGCCUUCAAGGACUGCAUCAACCUGACCUGGGUCGCCCCGGGCAACACGGGGGGCACCAGUAUCCUGGGCUACAACGUGGAGAAGCGCAAGAAGGGGAGCAACCUGUGGGGGUCCGUCAACCCCCCCGACCAGCUGGUCAAAGGGAAGAGCUUUGGAGUGAAAGACGUGAACGAGGGACUGGAGUACGAGUUCCGCGUGGCCGCCGUCAACGACUCCGGGGCCGGAGAAUUCGGCAACCCGUCAGAUUUCGUAUUCGCCAGGGACCCCAAAAAGCCGCCCGGUAAGGUCAUCGACAUGAAGGUGACGGACUCCUCCUACACCACCUUGUGUCUGUCCUGGACCAACCCCAAAGACCUCCCCGGGGAGCAGGACGAGGCCAAGGCCUUCUGGGUGGAGAUGCGGCCCGCAGAGUGCCCUGAGUGGGAGCGCUGCAACAUGAGCCCCAUCACCGGCUCCACCUUCACCGUGAAGGGCAUGAAGUCCAUGGCCAUGUACUGGGUCAGGGUCAUCGCCUUGAACGAGGGGGGCAGCGGAGAGCCCUGCGAACUGGACAACUACGUCCUGGCCAUGCCCCCGCCGGUGAGGCCGCGGUUCACCAACUCCAAGAUCAAGAGUUUGGUGGUGGUGCGGGCAGGAAACUCUGCGCGUUUCAACGUCGACUACGAGGCGUCUCCCUGGCCCGAGGUGAAGUGGCUGAAGGAUGGGGUGCCUGUCUCCAAGAGGGUAACCAUUAGCAACACAGAGGGAGCCUCGCAGCUCCUCCUCCCCUCCGCGGAGCGUUCCGACACGGGCGUGUACACCAUCAUGAUCAAGAACAUCGUGGGCCAGGAGUCCUUCAGCGUGGAGAUCAGAGUCACAGACGAACCCAAGCCCCCGGGCCCGGUGGAGCUGGACGAGAAAGUCCCCGGGACGGUGACCGUGUCCUGGGAGGGGUCCCCGGACGAGAAGAGGGACGACCGGCUGUACUACGUGGUCACCAAGCGGGACUCCACCAAGCCCACGUGGUGCACAGUGGCCGACCGCAUCUUCAACAACCGCUUCACCGCCUGCAACAUCGUGCCGGGCCGCGAGUACCAGUUCAGGGUGUACGCCAAGAACGACAUUGGCUCCUCCAAGCCCUCCAGCAGCGCCAAGUGGUCCAUCAGCACCAAGAAAGUGAAGUUCGUGCUGAGCGAGUCCGAGACCAAGGCGUGCACCCUGGAGCGCACGCCCAAGUUCCUGGUGCCCCUGAAGAAGCACAACGCGCCCCAGGGCUACGAGUGCUACAUGACCUGCGCCGUGCGCGGCGAGCCCACCCCACACAUCACCUGGCUGCGCGACAACAUCAGCCUCAACACCAACACCAACUACCUGAUCUCCAACACCUGCGGCGUGUGCUCCCUGCUCGUACUCACGGUGGGGCCAAAGGACUCCGGGGAGUACAAGGUGAUCGCCGAGAACAACCUAGGCCGAGCGGAGUGCAGCACCAACCUCACUGUCAGAGAUUAAACCAGCACUUUGGAGACAACGUCCCCAAACUAGGAGUCCUAAGAAGUUUCUUCGACACAGGAAGCAUGUGUUUUAAUCUGGUCCUGUGUGUUUGCGUGUUCAGUUACACAUGAAUGUUUGAAUCAAUUCGCUUUAGUCUUAGCCACAGAUGGAAAGCUUUGAACGGCUUGUGAGUCUUGAUUUCUAGAGUGCAUAUGAAUAAAAGAUUUGCAAAUUGAACAGAAUAUGAAUUUGCAAUGGUACACAUUUUUCACUCUGAAUUUCCGAUAGCCUUUAGGUGAGCAAUAGGCGAGUUUAAAUUAAACAUAAUAAAAAAAAAAGUACUUGAAAUGCUGCUGUUG